CAGUGGCCAUUGGCGGAGAGGAGGGCGGGGCGGGGUCGCCCGCAGCGGCUGCACUAGGCCGAUCCUGUGGAGGUGAGCAGCUGGCCUGGGAGGCACUGCGCGAGCAGCAGUGAUCCGGCUUGCUGCAACGGUCCGGCUGGGCCCUGGGAAGCAGUGUGCAGCAGCGAUCCGGCUUGGCCAUGGCAGCGGCGCCUCUGAAAGUGUGCAUCGUGGGCUCGGGGAACUGGGGAUCAGCUGUUGCAAAAAUCAUUGGGAAUAAUGUAAAGAACCUGCAGAAGUUUGCCUCCACGGUCAAGAUGUGGGUCUUUGAGGAGACCGUUAACGGGAGGAAGCUGACAGACAUCAUCAACAAUGACCACGAGAACGUGAAAUAUCUCCCCGGACACAAGCUGCCAGAGAAUGUGGUCGCUGUCCCGAGUCUCAGCGAGGCCGUGCAGGACGCAGACUUGCUGGUGUUUGUCAUCCCCCACCAGUUCAUUCACAAGAUCUGCGAUGAGAUCACAGGCAGGGUGCCGAAGAAGGCCCUGGGCAUCACGCUCAUCAAGGGCAUAGACGAGGGCCCGGAAGGGCUGAAGCUCAUCUCCGACAUCAUCAGAGAGAAGAUGGGUAUUGACAUCAGUGUGCUGAUGGGAGCCAACAUCGCCAGUGAGGUGGCUGCGGAGAAGUUCUGUGAGACCACCAUUGGCAGCAAAGUGAUGCAGAAUGGCCUUCUCUUCAAAGAGCUGCUGCAGACACCCAACUUCAGAAUCACUGUGGUAGACGAUGCCGACACCGUGGAGCUCUGUGGUGCUCUAAAGAACAUUGUUGCUGUGGGAGCCGGCUUCUGCGAUGGCCUCCGCUGUGGGGACAACACCAAGGCGGCCGUCAUCCGCCUAGGACUCAUGGAAAUGAUCGCUUUCGCCAAGAUCUUUUGUAAGGGCCAGGUGUCCAUGGCCACCUUCCUGGAGAGCUGCGGGGUAGCUGACCUCAUCACCACCUGCUACGGAGGGCGGAACAGGAAGGUGGCAGAGGCCUUCGCCAGGACCGGGAAGACCAUUGAGGAACUGGAGAAGGAGAUGCUGGACGGGCAGAAGCUCCAGGGGCCACAGACGUCCGCCGAGGUGUACCGUAUCCUCAAGCAGAAGGCGCUACUCGACAAGUUUCCACUCUUCACAGCGGUGUAUCAGAUCUGCUACGAAGGCAAGCCCGUCACAGAGAUGCUGUCCUGCCUACAGAGCCACCCGGAGCACAUCUGAAGGGAACUGGGCAGCCAACAGGGGCAGCCUUGCCUACCGUGGGGUCACCCAGGAAACCAGGGCUUGGCAGUGAGAUCCCUGCUGAGCUGUACUCUGACCCUGAGCAGCACAUACACAAUGUUACAGCUUUGAUCCUGUGCUGGGACAGGCACGUCACCUGCUGAGAGAGAGAGUGAGAGAGUGAGAGAGUGAGAGAGAGAGAGAGAGAGAGAGAGAGUGUGUGUGUGUGUGUGUGUGUGUGUGUGCACGCACUUGUGUGGGCAUUCUCCUUUCUCAUUCUGUGGGUUGUGUCUCUGAACCCAAAACAGGUGUCUAUAUUUCAAUGAUCACAUUCAAAAUCUCUCCACCGGGGCAGCUUGUGAGAUUGGAACGAACUCAGCUAAAUUUUAUGAAUUCUAUGGAUGUGACUCAUUUAAUAUGAGUGGAAGGAGGAAUUGGUUUUUUUCUCUGAUACAAUUAUCCAGAAAACUCCCUGGAUUGUGGGUUGGCUGACUAACAAUCGGGUGUGUUAAUUGGCUAAUCCACUUACACAUUUCUUUGUGAUAAAGAUGUCCCAUUUCUUGCCUCUUUCCUCCUCACUAGCUGCCAGGAUGGGCUUUUACAUGGGGACAUCCCUGCAGUGGCAGAGGGGGGGACAUCCCUGCAGUGGCAGAGGGGGGGACAUCCCUGCAGUGGCAGAGGGGGGGACAUCCCUGCAGUGGCAGAGGGGGGGACAUCCCUGCAGUGGCAGAGGAGGGGACAUCCCUGCAGUGGCAGAGGAGGGGACAUCCCUGCAGUGGCAGACGUAUCCUUCUGGGGACAGACACUUUAUCAUGCUCUUUGUUGGGUGGGGCUUUUUUGCACCUGUGUCUCUUCAGGCUUAUGGAAACCUGAAAGAGGCCACGGUCACUCCUCAUGUAAGAAGCCAUAGUGGUCCCUGGUCCCCCAGGGACAUGAACAGGAGCCUAGUAUAUAUUCCUCUAUCCCUCCAGGAUGUCACUGGGCCUCUUUGACCUCUAGCUGACCAUUUGUAGGAAUGCUACCUGCAGCCUUCCCUGAGGCCACAGGAGGCUUCCUGCCUUGGGGAUUUGUGGGACAAAGAGUCUUGAGGAAGGUCACUGCUGCAAGUGAUGUCCCCAAUGCAGCAGGGUCACUGUACUCUUAAGAAAGCGGGUUCCCAGGCCUCAAGAAUAACCCCUGUGUUUCAACAUGCCUCCCGUGAGUUUCUGAAGUCCACUACAAUUUGAGAGCCACUGCACUGAAGAAUCUGUUCUAGCUUGGCCUUCGUUGAACAGUGCUCUCUAUAGGUGGCCCCUGGAAUGGCCAGGCGAGCUUGGAAAAAGUCGCCUCUGCACACUUUCCUAGGUGUAGCCUGGGUGCUAACACCCGCAUAGACCCUACUAAGUUAACAAGUCCCAACACUUAGAUCGUACUAUCAGCCCAAAUGUCUAGAGAAGACUGCUACAGAGGGAGGUGACCCUCACUCCCCACAGGAAAUUAGGAGAGCUAACUACCUGGGAGAGUUUGUUCUGUGUAGCCUGGGCUGGCCUUGAACUUGCCAACUUCUUGCCUCUGUCCCCUGAGCAGCUGGCAUUGCAGUUUUGAGGGAGCUUCCAGGUGACAGGGUCGAGUACAGAUAAGGUGAUGUCAGCCUCGCUGAAACGCACACUAUAUGGAGUGAGUGCUUUGGAGUCUAGAGUUAGACUGUGAAUGAGUGUAUGUCUAUUUAAAAAUUACCAGCCCGUGAGGGUGGACAUGUGAAUGCCAUCCAGUCACGUGCUUCUAGCUUCGGGGACUUUCCACUUUUCUCUCCUUCAUCCUGAGCUUGGUAUCCCCCACCCCGCUCAACACCCCGCAUAUAACUGAAAUGAUUGUAAAAAUAAGUUUUUAUGGGAAUUUUUAAACUCUCCCGAAAGACUUUUGGAGCAUUGUGGAAGGCCCAUACCUAAAAGUCUACGGAAGCGCACAGCUGAAGUUUUCAGUUUUCAUAAUGAUGUUGUCAAUUUAAAUUCUUUUCUUGCCUCCGGAUGAAUCUUUUUAAAAAAAUUUGUACAUAGGUAACAAAGAGUUACUUUUUAAGAUAUCCAAAGGGCUGCAAGCUACUGUGGUGUCUACAAGUCUACAAUGAGGAAUUGUUAACGUCCUGUGUCUUGUAUCCUCAUUUACACCCUCAUUGACGUCCACUGUCUCUCUAGGCCUCGUUCUUCUGGGUCCUUCCCUCAUGAAUGCCCCUUACUGACUGACGUCAGUUGACGUGCUUAUCCUAACCCACACACGAUGGGAGCAGGGAAAUCUAAGUUUGUUCUCAGACAGCCAGAAGCAUCACGCUGUGAGUCAUGUAUCUUUGUAACCACCUGCUGACGGAUGCUUCUUACGAGCUGUGGCAAUAGGAACAGAGGCACCUAGAGUACAUACUGAAUCUGUGAAUGUAAAACUAAACUAUUCCUUGCUACUCUCCUCCCCACCAUAGCUGGAGGUGAAUCUCUGGGGUCCAGCCUUCUGGCGUUCCGAGAGCGGGCCUCAGGAGGGUGCUGUGGCGAGGGGGCAGUGUCCAAACGGAAUUGUUUCUCUUCAGUUCUACUUGGCUAGCCUCUUACCCCAUAUGUACUGUUUAUGUACUGUAUAUGUACUUGUAUGGACUGUAGGCGGGUGUAUAAUUUGAAGGCUUGGUUUAAUAAACACCACCUCUCAGACCCGUA